GUUAUAGAAUUGCUAUAUAAAGCAUUGUAAAACUAAAAAAAGUAUAUUUCAUAAACAUGAAAGGAUUCGUUAUUGCCUUGUUAGUUGCAGCUUGUGCUGUCACCUUGGUGGCUGGCCAAGAUCCAAUGUCUUCAAUACCUGAACCUGCUAAAGAUAUGCCAAACAUGGCUGCAUCAGGUGCAUCUAUGGAUCCAGGAGUAGGUAUGGACCAAGCUAAGUCAAUACCAGGAGGUGAUAUGGCAACUGGAAUGGCUGGUCAAGCUUCAUCUAUGUCUGGAAAGAAGAGAAGAAGCGUGGAUACAAUGUUUGAAGGUAAUUUUGAUGAAAACGCCGAUUAUAUUUCUGCAUGCAAAGGAAAAAAGGGGUAGACAUGGAUGUAAAAAUAUGGUUCAAUUUUUUAAUUCAAAGGAAAGGAAAAACACUAUGAUGAUUAUAACUUAAACUUUCAAUGUAAAGUUAAUAUAUUCUUAUUUUUACUUUGGUGUAUGGUAAAUUAGUAUUAUUAUCAUGUAUCAAAGAAAUAAAAGUGUAAA